AUGACCUCUCUGCUUAAGUACCUCUGGGGCUCUAGUUCUUCACAGGCCCCUCCAUCCAAGCCUCAGUCCACUAUCGCAGAUAUAACAUUCCCCUCAGGUCUCUAUAUCAUCCGCAACGUUGCGACAGACACAGUAGUCGACCUCUCAGGUGCUCAUCGACAAGACGGUACCCCAGCUGUCGGCUGGCACUUCCAUGAUGCAAAGCACCAAAAAUGGCAAAUUGCCUCUGCGGGCCAUAAUCAAUUCUUCAUUCUCAACGACGCAACGGGAACGUACCUUACUGCCGAUGAGCAGCCAACAGGAGGCGUAGUUCUCACGACUGGGAGUCUCGUAUCGCCGACCAACAAGCGGGCGAGGUGGACGAUUGAGUCUGCGGAGACGAAACAUGCCUACACAAUCCGCUCCGUAGCUGAUACCUCCCGAGUCCUAGACCUCUCCUACUCGGAUUCGAAGAACGGAACACCGAUCCUUGCCUACUCGGACCACGGGACUAAGAACCAACAAUGGAUUCUCGAACAGCUUGACGCCGCUCCCCCGCCAGGCGUAAUCAAGAAUACCCCCGUUGGAGGGAAGGGUGGGACCCCCUUUGAAGAAUUCAAGUAUAUUCCCGUUAGGGUCAUAGAGACAUGGAGUGGAGAGGUGGAGGAUGAGACUGUUGUGCGGGGGCUGCGGUGGACGUGGGAUGACGGAAGUCAGAGUCAGCUUCAUGGUGCUGAUAAAGGAGAUCAUCAGGUACUCGUUGUGCCGCCCGGAGGGAAGGUGAAGGAGAGUUCUGUUAGUUCAGGGAAGAGGGUUGAUUCAAUUGUUAUUGUUACCGAGGAUGGCGAGAAAUUCAAAGCAGGUGGCGAUGGCGGUGAGGAGCAUAAGCAAGAUAUUGGGGACGGGGUUUUGGUCGGCUUUGAUGGGGCUUCAGGGCUGGACGUUGAUCGUGUUGGGCUGAUCUUUGUGAAGAAGGAUGGGGGUAAGUAA